AUGAUCAUCGUCAAGCGCACCAAGACGGACAAGGAGAGCGGGUUCGAGUCGAGCCCCAACAGCCCACGCGCCGGCUCUUCACUCGAGCCUGGAAACCAGUGUCUGCUCGCGGCGCAGACAGAGCUGCGCCACCAACGGUCUGCACAGUCCAGCGAAUGUAUUUCGCUGGAAAGCUUUAAAUUCAUCAAGAAACUCGGCAGUGGAGGAUACGGCAGCGUGGUGCUGGUGGAGAAGCGGCGGGGUCGCGACCGUGGCGCGCUCUACGCCCUCAAGAUGACAAACCUGAACCGGGCCGCGCUGGUGGAGCGCGACAUCCUGCCACGCCUCCAGAACGUGCCGUACACCACCGACCUAGCCUACGCCUUCUUCAGCGCCAGCCUGCCCAAGGCCUUCCUCGCGCUGUCUUAUGCGGUCGGAAAGGACCUGUUCUCGCUGGUGGGCCCCAGCCGCAGCCCCGGCUACCUGCGCCGCAUGUUCGUCUACAACUACGCCCGCUACGUCGACCGCAUGAGGAUCGUGCUGGCGGAGCUGAGCGUCGCCAUCCGCUUCCUGCACGAGAACAACAUCUUGUACCGCGACCUGAAGCUGGAGAACGUCCUGGUGUUCGGCGACGGCCACGUCCGCCUGGCCGACUUCGGCCUCUCGCGGCACUUCGAGGUCGGCGAGUCGACGCAGAUCAGCGGCAAAACGGGCACUCCGGACUACAUGGCUCCGGAGGUGCUGAAGUCCAGCGGCGCGCACGGACCCGCCACCGCCUACAGCUUUGAGGCCGACCUGUGGGGUUUGGGCGUCAUAGCUUACGAGCUCAUCGUGGGUCAGCUGCCCUUCAAGGGCCGUGAAGUGGCCGAUCUCGAAGAGUCGAUCCUGCACGACCCGAUCGAGCUGCCUCACCACUUCAUGGAGGAGAAGUUCAGCGUCCUGCUCUCGCACGAGAAGCCAAUGGUGCUGGCCGGGCUGAGCUUCAUCCGCGCGCUGCUGCAGCGCCGGCCUGAGGACCGCCUCUCCAACGACGACAUCCCGGGCCACGUGUUCUUCAGGGAUCUGGACUGGGAGAGCGUCAGCUCCGGUUGCCAUGACGACCCGCCGUUCGACAUCGGCCGAGUUCUGCGGGAGCAGGCGCCGGACGAUGAGAUUCAGCGCAUUCCGUCGGCCUUCACCGGCUCGCCGUCCAGCAAGCGGCACAGGAAGGACAAACGGCCCAACUCGAGCGGCUAUGAUAAUCCGUCCAAGUAUAGGAACUACCACUACUGCAACAGCCAGUUCGGCUGGUAUGUCUCCAGUCUGGAGAGCUCACGGGGCCACGACAGCUCCGAGGCGCUGCCCGAGAACGUGCAAGUCGACGAUGACGACCCGCCGGCCGACGGCGACGGUGGUACGGCCUUCGACGACGUGCCCGGCCUGCUGGCGUUCGAGAGCGCCGCCGCCGACGACUCGUGUCUCUCGUCGCCGCUCAGCCCCGACAGCUCGUUCGGUGAGGAGCUGGACGAGAGCGAGCCCGGGGAAGAGCCGGCGUCACCACCCGCCGCGGCUGCCGCUCCGCGUCAGGACAUCCAGCUCUUCCCGCGCGUGCGCGUGCUGCCCGCACCGGAGCCGGCGGCCGCCUCGCCCCAGCAGGCGUCUCCGCGGCCGCGCCGGCGCCGUCCGGCCGCCGACCUCGGUUCGCCCUGCCUGCCGCCGAAGAAGCGGCGUCGCUUCCUGCAGCCGGAGCCGUCGCUGGCCGAGAUGGGAAGCGUCGAGCCGCGCGUCCUGGUGGAGGCGCAGUCGCCGCUGCCGCCCUUCGGCUCACUUCGGGCCACGCGCAGCCGCGCGGCCGGCCUGCGGUGA